AUGCCUCUGCCAAUACCAACGCGAUGCGUCGAACUCGGAGCACCAUUCAACGUGAAGUGGCAGGCGCUUCUCACGCAACAGGCUGGUACCGGCAAGGUGUCGAAUUUUACAUCUCUUCCACUAACCACGCGCUGGGGCAGCGACAGUAUCGAGGAGAAGACCAUCGAAUACGGCAAUUCUGUUUCGUCGAUGAUCUGCUCACCCGCCGUGGAUUGA